AUGUCGUCCAACAAGCGCAAGAGCAAGAAGGUGAACCUGCUGAAGGACCAAAUGUUCCUCACGAAAAAGUACGUUGACAUGAACGACCCCAUAUACGACAGCGAAAUUGAAGAUGAAAACUGCUUCUACACAGUGGUCAACGCGGAGGAAAUAGAAUACUCGCAGAAGGUGUCCGAAAUGAAAACCAAAAUGUUCGAAGAUAUGAACAUCUUAUCAUUUGAAGAUUUCGAAAAAAAAUGCGACACGCUGAUUAACAACUUUUUUGUAAGCUACAAUUUCCAAGAAUUUAUUGAAGACUUAAAAGAAUUAAAUGUGAAGAAGUAUAACGACUUUUUAGUUUUGCAGCUGAUUAAAAAGUCUUUCGAUAAGGACGAUGAGUGCCAAAUUAAUGUAUCCUGUUUGCUCAACGUUUUGAACAUCACCAAGUUGAUUAACCCCGAACAGGUGCAUAGAGCGUUUGAAAAAGUUUUGCUAAGCUUGGAUGACAUUAAGCUCGACUGCCCCUUGUGUUACGAAAUUUUUUUAAAGUACGUUAGGUUUAGCACCCUAGAUAACGUGGUUGAUAAAAAUUACAUUUUGAAAUUACCCACUGGCUUUUUUGAUACGCUGGAUUUGGACAACUGGGAUGAGAAGGAGCUGGCCACACAGAACUCGAAGGAGAGUGACCACGCAGUGGAUAAGGAUUCGGAGCUCGCGCAGAAGAAGGAGGCGGAGGGCGCGGAAAAGGCGGGCUGCCCCAACGGGGUGGUCUCCACCAACGGGGCGCUCUCCACAAAUGGGGUGGUCUCAACAAAUGGCACGCUUCCAACAAAUGGGGCGCUUCCAACAAAUGGCACCCUUCCAACCAACGGGGUGGCGUCCACCCAGCUGGAUGAGAACCACAUGUACGCGCAGAACCUCGAGAACGUGGAGGAGAAAAAGAAGGUGAAGGACGAAAUGUGGAAGGACACCAUGCUGUGGGUGCUGGACCUGAACAUGAAGCAAAUUCAGAAAGAAAAAAAAGAAUUCAAGCAAAAGUCCAGGGACUUUCUAGUGGACUUUUUCAACGACGGAGACACAAAUGAGGUCAUCGAAUUUUUAAACAACACAAAUAGUUUGUUUCACUACGAGUUCAUAAGGAUAAGCAUCAUAGAAUCCUUUAGUAAAAAUAAUAUAUGCCGAAAGUAUAUCUCCUACCUGCUGGACAAUCUGUGCGAAACGUACUAUUUUAAAAGUGACAUUAUUAUUGCCUUCAUAAGAAUUAUAGGCUACAUUGACGACUACGAAAUUGACUUUCCACAGGCAAAGGAAAUGGUGUGUAAAUUUCUGCUCAGGUGUAUAUACGACGAUGUGCUUUAUCCUGCCUUCUUAAGUGAUAUAUAUAAGCUACACAUUGGUGGCAUGACCGGCAUGAUGAUUUGCAACAAAACGCAACAACGAAUUCAUAACAAAAAAAAAUUAAACUUAAAUAAUAUUAACUACAUUUGGGAUGAAGAUGAUACGUAUGAAAAGAUGAAAUUAAAGAGAAAAAUUAAUAACACCUUAUUGGAAUAUUUUUACUCCUACAUAGAUGAGCAAGAAUUUUAUUUACACAUUGAUGAAUUUCUGCCCCUCUAUCAUGACCUUUGCAAUUAUGUUGUUAAAAAAAUGUUCGUGCUGAACGUGGAUAUUAACAAUGACUUAAGUUUGUCCUUCAAAUUGGUCGAUCAUUUGAUGAGCAAAAAUUUUAUUUCUGAAAAAAAUGUGGAGGGAGGGGUCAUGGAGGUUAUGAACUCCCUUAAGGACAUUAUGCUGGAUAUUCCAAAGUACCCGGAAGAAUUUCUUAAAAUUUUGAAUUACCUUCAUGAGAGGAAGUACAUUUCGCAGGCCACCUUUGACGGCGCCUCCAAGGAAAUCGCAGCGUUUGGUAUGGGAUUCCUCCCCCCCAAGUUAAACACAUUUUUAAUUCAGAGUACUCCAGUGGUUAUAAUUUACCUCCCCCAGUUAACGCUUUGCAAAAAAGAGAAAGACACUUUUACUCAUAAGUAA